GGUUCUGGCUCUCGGCUGCGUCUACAACGUCUCGCAAGACCACGUAUCGGAGGCCCCUGUGACCUACAAGUCGGCUGUAGAAGAAGGGUGAGCCCUCGCGCGCCGCAAUCCUUUGUUCGCCGUUCUGACCCUCGUCUCCAGAGUCAAGUACUACACUUCUGCGCGGCUGAUUCUGCAGGACGUUGCCGAAUGCCGAGACAUGACUUCGCUCCAGGGGCUUGUAUACAUGAUUCUGUUUCUGCAGGCCACUUCCAAUAUCAGCGACUGCUACGCCUUCCUCGGAAUUGCCCUGAGGUCAUGUUUGCGGAUGGGACUGCAUCGGCACCUCCCCCACGACAGGAUAACCCCGAUCGAGGACGAAACGAGGCGGCGGGUCUUCCACGUCAUCCGGCAAAUGGACUUCUACGUGUCUGCCAUUCUCGGGUUCCCCCUCCUGCUCCACGACGAGGAUGUGGACCAGCCCCUGCCGACCGAGGUGGAUGACGAGUACAUCACCAAGGAGACGAUCCGGAUGCCGCCGCCAGGCACUCCAUCCUUCUUCCAGGCUUUCAAUGCGCACAACAGCCUCAUGAGAAUACUUGCUAGGGUGGUCAAGGAUAUAUACCCGAUGAGGGCAGUCGAGGACGGCGCCGCGGGCGAGGAAUCGAAUGCCACCUUCAUGAUCAACUAUUCUCGCAUCCAGGCUAUCGAGGGCGAGCUGCAAGAGUGGCAAUCGCGGCUUCCCGACUACUGGCGGCCGAGUAAUGACGGCCCAAUCGAAGUGAUUCGGGUUCGCACGCUCCUCCGGUUUGGAUACGCCCAUGUCCAGAUGAUGCUCUAUAGGCCGUUCCUUCACUACAUUUCUCCGCGCCUGUCGGCCGGCAAGACGGUCGAAGACCGAUGCUAUAACUGCGCGGCUGCGGGCAUCACCGUCUCCCGCAACAUCGUCCACAUCGGGAUCGAGAUCCAGAAGCAGGCGGUGCUCAUCGGCCCCUACUGGUUCAUCCUGUAUACUGAAUUCUUUGCCAUCCUAUCCCUCAUCUUCUUCGUCCUGGAGAACCCGGACAAACCGGGAUCGGCCGAGAUACUGGCGGACGCGCAGGCAGGGAGGGACGUCAUCGCAACUCUCGCGCAGCGCAGCUUGGCGGCCGACCGAAUUACCAGCGCCCUCAACCCACUUUUUGAGCAGCUCCCCGAGCGGAUGAGGAAAGCAUCGGCACGCCCAACACCCACGAAGAAGCGCUCGGCCCCGGUUCCGUCUGCCGCUCACGGAGCCAGGGCAGGAAGUGCGUCGUUACCAAGCCGUCCAGGCCUGCCGGACGGUCUGCCCCAACGUAGGUCAGAGGAGAUGGUCCGUCCGCCGAUCGGACUGCUGCGGCGGGAGGCGCGGGCACCCCCUCAGAGGACAGCAUCUUUCGACACGAUUGGGUUUUCGCACGGCAGCGGUGGCCUCGCAGCGCAGCACUUCACGAACUUGCAGGACAUCCUGCCGAUGAGCAUGUCGAUGCCAGGGCCCAGUUCUGAGCCCAGCAGCACCCACGGAGCAAUCCACCAGCACACGCAAGCAUUCCAACAGGGACAUCCCGCAGGCGGUCCGGUUGGCUCGUUAUACAAGAUGGACGCGAUGAUGUUCCCCUCAGAGGACCCCUUCGCCUACCCGAGCCAGCCGGUCAUAGACCCUGGCAGCCGCCCGCAGGGCAGCCAGACGUCGCAGUCCAGUGCCGGCCAGUCCCACGAUGCGAUGCAGUUUUACAUACCGAACAUGUACGAGGGGAUCGAAGGACCGCUCCUGGACCCCAUCCCCUCGUAUCUCAUGCAGCCAGGCCAGGCGCAGGCGCAGGCGCAGCACGGACUGAACCCAGCAGCCCAGUUGUUCAACUCUCCUCCCAACAUGCUCGGAUUGCAAUCUGACCACGGCAGCCACAGCCACCAACAGGCGCAGCAUCCGCACCGGCAGAUGGCGCAGCACCAACACCAACAUCCGCAGCACCCGCACCAGCACCAGCAACACCAGGGGGGGAUGGUGGACGACAUGCUGACAGACCCCAACUUCCUGGGCGACUGGAAUGACAUGCUGGGCAAUACCAGCUAUCGGUAGACGUGAUUCAGAGGGGGGCAAUCGAAUCGAGCCGACGCCGGGACUGGGACGGAAAGGGGCCUUCAACCAUUUAACGCCGACGACCAU